CUCCCAAUUUCAAAGCUCUAUUUCUCUCACCCACACGAACAUAUAUACAAUAUUGUGUCAGAACUGAUUCUCCUUUUGUCCUUGUGAGUUGUGAGAGCCCAAAGGAGUAAGGACCCUUUGUGUCAGAAACAAAAUCUAUAUCUGUGGUUGGUCUUUUGUUAAAACCAACUCUCAAAACCAUAUUUAGCAACAAAAGCUAUCCUUACCUUAGCCACCAUGAAUUCUCAGCACUCGUCUUCGAGGCCUAACAGUUCCAGUUUGAAAUCUAGGUUCACACUAGGGUUUCUUCGAGCCCUGAAGAGAUUAAACAGGCAACCAUCAUCAUCAUCAUCACCGCCACAAACUGUAUCUUCUCCUAGGGAGAUGUGUAGACGAUAUCUGAGAAUUAGAAUUGCUGCUGAUGCAUCCAUGGCUUCAGCUGUGGGGUCUAGAAGAGCUUGGAGUCGUGCUUUGCUUCUCAAGAUUCGAAGCAGACAAUCCCGGUCUUCUAAUUCAUCUGCCAGAAGAGUUAGCAUGAAAAAGAAAUGCUUAGGGGAGAAGAUAAAGAAGAAAAAGAAGCUCAAGUGUUGUAAGGAGAUCAACAAGCUUCGGAAGUUCGUACCUGGUGGCGAAGCCAUGGAUGCUUGCAGCUUGUUGGAUGAGGCUGCCCAUUACAUAAGGUGCCUCAACACACAGGUAAAGGUGAUGACAAGGAUUGCGGAUAAUUAGUCUGCUAAUUAGCUGAGUUAUGUGUUCAUACUUAUGGAUGAAUUUAUAAAAUAAGAUCAGUUUCAAUCAUCCCAAUAACAAAAAUUCUGAAAAUGCAUAUAAUGUUGCAGGGUCCAUGAAAGUUAUAUUGAUAAUUAAGAAAAAGAAGAAGGUUGUAAUAUAUGGACUCUAUUCAAUCGCCAUGUUCUUUAUUAGACGCUUAUGGGUUU